AUGAUCUGGUGGAUUUGGUGGCUCAUUUUCUGCCUCCUAUGGAGCAUCGCCGUUUUUGGAGCCAGUUUUCGGAAUGAAAGUGAGAUUCUUUAACUUCUCUUCCGUGUUCCGGGUUUUUCUAAAUUCUUCCUUGCGACUAAAAAUACAAUAUCUUUUCCCGAAUUGUUGUCCUCAUUUAGACCUUCUGAAACCGUAAAAGUACACGUGUCUAAUGGAAAACUAAAAACAACGGUGCCCAUCGGCUCUAAACUAAUCCAUCGGCCUCCUUUUUUCUGUUUUUCCCACUUUUAUUGCGUCGAAAACACGCGCGUUGAAAAUGUCUAUUCUUGAAAAUUUCUGUUUUUGAAUAUUCAUAAACUGUCUUCAGUCACUUGUUAUUCAAUUCUUAUGUAUCUCAGCUACCGGUAGAGAUGCCAAAAAGUUGUCAACUGAUAAAAUGUACAAAAUGUCCCAAAGAACAAUUUGCCAGUUGACAACUUUUCGAUAUCUCCACCCGCAGCUGAGCUACAUUUCUUUGAAUCACAAGCUCUACUAGGAAAUCUUAGAAUGAAUUUUCCAAAAUCCUCAGAGCUUUCCCACUUUUCAUAGACACAACGGUUUUCAUCGGCGAUUUUUCAACAUAAAGUUCGAGACAGAAACUAACUAACAAACCCACUAGAUUUUCAACAAGUUCCGCUUACAAUCGUUUGACCUACGAAUUGUCAAUUUGCGGCUCCCUUGAGAGUAGCGCGUGAAAUUGCCUUUAUUUGCAUAGACCCCCCUCCCCCUUCUUCAAUUAUUUAUAGCCAUCCAAUGGGGGGACCCGUCUGUGGCCGGUCACGAGAUGACCACCAGCUGCUCUCGCCCUCCUCGUCUGCCGUCUCUCGAAUCCCGCUCACUCUCUGCGCGCCCCCCGCUUCCAUUUCGCACCUCGUUCUCUCUAAAUCUCUCGUGGCUUCUCUCCUUCGUCGUCAUCGUCAUCAUCAUCAUUGGUAUCUUGUUUGUUUGUUUGUCAGCCUUUUUUCUCACUUUUCAUGACGCUUUUCCACAAAGUUUUCCACAAACGCUUUUCAGCAACAACGAACAAAAAAAAAUGCGGUUUCAGAUGUGCGAUUUGUGUGCCUAUUAACUUCUUUUUAACUUUCAUUUCUAUAGGUCUUCUCAAUUGUCGUCAAAAUUUUCUUGUCGCGACGGAGCGCGUUUGCAUAGCCAAUUACUAAGAGGACAAGGGGUUGGAGAAUUGCGAAAACUGAUGCAAAAAGCGAAUGCGUACUUCUGAAACCAAACUUUUUGUGUUGAGAAGCCGCGUCGAAUAGUAAAAACAACAUAAAUUUGUUCGCCUUCUGUUUCACAAUGUUCUCAAGUGUUCUUCGAAAUGUUUCGAUGAACGCAUCAACUAUUUUUCAAAUUUCAGAUCGAAAAAUGGGCGGAAUGAUGUCGAGCGAGCGCGUUUUCAACGACACAAAAGCGAUUCACAACGUGGAUCGACAAAUGCUCCAUAAUCAGUCAGUUUGGGGCACUUGUAGAAGCGCUGAAAAAAUGGAAACGCGUGUAGUUGAACGCUAGUUGAAACCGACACAUUUGUCAAAGUUCCACGUGUCGAGAAGCUCAUUGCGAGGUCAAAACGUGGAUGUUUGUGUGCAUUUUGAUGUAAGAAUGCAAAUAUUUACCCGUCCGGCCAGUUGUCAGACUUCCAAGAGCUACAGUGGCCUUAGAAGUGGAGGUACAAAAAAGUGGUCAACUGGUGAAAUGAAAUAAAAGUCAUGAAGAAAACAGUAAAACAGUUUUUCGAACACAAAAACCCUUCAAAGUUUCUCACACUUUUCGCACUCGAGAGCAGAGCAAACUCCACUCAAUUUUCUGACGUCUCGCUCACACUAGACACACUAGACAGUUCGCGAUGCAACAAAAAAAAACGGAUUGGAAGGAGGUUGGGUGUGAGAAUAAAUAGAUUUUCAGAGGAGAGCAAAAUAAAUAAAUUGUCUCGCGAUUCGGCGAAUUCCGGAAUUGCAAUUUUCCCCAAAAAAAUCGAUGAAAACGUUACUCGUUAUCAGUUGUCGUCUCCGAAACCUCACUCGCGCGUCACUCUCUUCCCGAAAAAUGAUUUUUGCGAAAUUCUGGAAAAAGACGGCAAAACUGCUGUUUAGUUGCUUGUAAGUCGCCUGAACCGAUCAAAAAAAUUCCGCUCCAACUUUUUGCCGAUCUGAUAAGAAGAAGCACAUUGCCCCGGAGCCGGAGCACAAUCAUCACUUUUCGCCUCUCCUCAACGCCCGUUUCAUUCGCCGAUUUUUUUGUCUUUGCGCAAUAAAAGUGACCCGAAACUUGGUUUCUGGACUCUAAAAGUGGCCAUAUUGUGAAACGGAAACUGAGAAAAUUCCAGAACUUUAGACUUGGUUUUAGGCAAACUUGCAUCCAGGCUUCGCGAAUUCAAAUCAUCGUUUAUCGAUCGAGAGAACGAAACAAUUAGUUGUGUUGCAGUGACCCGACGUUGUCAGUGAGCACACCGGAAGUGACGAGCGAAAUGCACGAGCGACUCAACUUUCCGAAAGUCGAACUUCAUUUGCAUCUCGAUGGAGCCGUCCGAUUUGACACACUGCUCGAUCUGUCGCAGUAAGUCGCUUCUCUACUCUACUCGACUGAUUCUCCCUUAAUUUCUCUGGCUUUUUCAGACAAAAAGGAAUCUCGCUGGCCGGAGCCAUGACAGUCGACGAGCUCAAAAAGGUGUUGGUGACGCAUGAGCCGGCGAAUUUGUCCAAAGUGCUCGAAGCGUUCGAAAUCUUUCUCCCAGUCAUUAGAGGCGAUCUGGCAGCCAUUGAACGUGUCGCGUUUGAGCUGUGCGAGGAUCAGCACAACAAUGGAGUCGUCUACUUUGAGGGCAGAUACUCGCCGCAUUUGCUCCUCUCCACCGAUUAUCCGGUUAGUGUUUUUCUGGAUUGGGCUGACUGGAGUUGAGAGAGAAGAGCGAAAAAGAGUUAUUCACUCAAAAACCGUUGCAGGAAGUGACGGGAGCGCAUGUGGUUGCCGCUGUGAAAAAAGGAUUCGAUCGUGGCGAGAAGCAGUACGGAAUCAAGGCCCGAUCGAUUCUUUGCUGCAUUCGAGGACUCGACAAAAAGUUCCCGCAGCUCAUUCUUGAUUUGGGUAGGUUUCGUUUUCAAACUCAACGAUCCUCUCUUCAAAUUUCAGCCACCGAACUCAAGCAGCUCGGCGUCGUUGCAAUCGACGUGGCGGGAUCUGCUCACGGAGCCGACGAACAGUACGAACCGGAGGUCGUCGCCGCGUUCCAAGAAGCGUACCGUCGUGGCAUCCACAGAACCGUGCAUGCCGGCGAGUCGGGCGGACCGAAAGAGGUGCUGAGAGCGAUCGAGGACAUGCAUGCGGAGCGCAUCGGACACGGAUACCGAGUGAUGAGGGACGAGGAGAUGUACACGCAGCACUUUGUCGCCAACAAGUCGGUUCACCUCGAGGCGUGUCCCUACUCGUCGGUGAUGACCGGCGCGGUCCCGCUGGACUGGAAAAACCAUCCGAUCGCGCGUUGGGCGCGCGACGACGUCAACUUUUCCGUGUCGCGCGACGAUCCCACUUGCUUUGACAACUCGAUGCUCAGCGAGCUGGCGCUCUGCGAGAAACAGAUCGGACUCAACGUGCACCAGUUGUGGAAGGCGGUGAGUUUGUCUCUAAUUGAUGUGACCAAUGAAUACCGAUUUUUUAGCAACUCAACGCAGCCCGCUCGAGUUUCCUUCCAGCGGAGGAGAAAGCCGAGCUGGUGAAGCGGAUCGAGGCGGCCGAACCGAGACUCCGCCACUAG